ACCUUGCCAUCGCGCGUACGUCAAGAUGUCGGGAUAUUUGAAAUGGGCACAGGAGAGCCUGAGACUCAAGGAAGUCGAUGGGACAAUGGAACAUACGCGGUGGGUCAAUGAAGAUCUCUUGCCUACACCACCAGAAAAAAGAACCUGGCGAUGGUGGAAUUAUGUGACCUUCUAUUGGUCGAUUUCCUUCACAAAUUGGACACUGGGAUCGACAAUGAUUGGCAUCGGCCUUAAUUGGUGGCAAUCCAUCGUCGUAAUUUUCGUAUCGCAAAUGAUUUCCUCGAUCGCCAUGGCCUUGAAUUCCCGCUCAGCGAGCGUGUAUCACAUUGGAUUCCCUUGUGUCGCUCGCAGCGUCUUCGGAAUGUGGGGAAGUUACUACUUCGUCGGUGCGCGAGCAGUCCUAGCCGUAAUCUGGUAUUCCGUGCAAAUGUACUAUGGUGCCGAGUACAUGCACAAUAUGCUACGAGCAAUCUUCGGACAUAACUUCACCAACAUACCCAAUGGACUUCCGGCCAGUGCGGGAAUCACCACUUCCCUUAUGCUUGCAUUUUUCCUCAGCUGGCUUGUUCAUCUUCCAUUUUGCUAUUUCCGACCAUAUCAAUUGCGGAAGUUCUUCUGGUUCAAGACUAUUGUCUCAUUACCAUCUAUGUUUGGUUUGUUCAUUUGGGCUAUGGUGAAUACGAAUGGCCAAAUUGGAAGCUUGUAUAACGCUUCUUCGCGAUCGUCCAGUGCUACUGCUUGGCUUAUUCUGGCUGGAAUCAACAGUGGCUUGGGGAACACUGCAACCUUGAUCACUAACCAGCCGGAUUAUGCUCGCUGGGCGAGAUCGCGCGGGGCGCCUAUCUGGACACAGCUUAUUGUUAAUCCAAUAACAGUCACAGUCUCAGCUACGCUGGGAAUUCUUUCCACCAGCGCCGUCAAUGCUAAGUACGGCACUGAUAUUUGGAAUCAAUGGGACAUGAUGAGCCUGAUAUUGGACGAGUACUGGUCCUCAAAGACCAGAUUUGCAGUUUUCCUCUGUGCUUUUGCAUGGUUUGUCCAGAUCCUUGGAACAAACAUCGCCGCAAACAUGAUGUCCUUCGGCGCCGACUCAGCCAUGUUGUUCCCCUCUUUCCUCAACAUCCGCCGUGGCCAGUUUAUCGUUCAGUUCCUUGCUUGGGCAGCCUGCCCGUGGAAGAUUAUGACAUCCGCAGCAAAGUUUGAGACCUUCCUUAGUGGAUACGGUCUUUUCAUGGCGAGCGUUGUUGCGAUUAUGGUCUGCGAUUAUUUCUGCCUUACGGGCGGCAAUGUCACAAUUGCUUCACUAUUUGUCCCAACAAAAGCGAACAAAAACUACUGGUACCACGGUGGAGUAAAUAUUCAAGCUGUGAUAGCCUAUCUCAUUGGCAUUGCACUUCCCUUCCCAGGAUUCUGUGGUGAACUGGGCGCCAAAGUCUCCAGCUCAGCGGCACAUAUCAUGGAUAUUGCGUGGUUAACCGCAUUUUUAACAUCAUUCGUGUCUUAUUACGUGAUUUGCACAUUCUGGCCAACAUCUAGCAUGCGCGAUGUGAAAGAGAGGGGAUUGGCACGCGAACAGCUGGCGCCUGAGGAUGAUUAUUACGACUCUGCCAUUACCAAGGACGAAGAGAUUACAGACGUCGCUACUUCUUCGGGAAGAUUCUAUGAAAAUGAGGGCGACGACAUUCCCAAGGCGUUUUCAGAGAGGAAGUUUGCGGUUGAGUAA